AUGCUUAAUAUUGAUAACAACAAUUACAUAAGUAAGAUUUAUAGUAAAUCUAUUGAUCUUCACUAAUUCAAAGAUGAAAGCUAUCACAGUAGAAAUAAAAAUAACUAAGAUGCAGAUAACCAAGAAGAAGCAAACGAAGAUGAUAUUUGGGAAAGACUCAACUACAAAUGUCAGAACGAGGCAAAAUAAUACUGCAAGUCUGUCUACCAAGAUCUUAAAACGCAGAAGGCAUGUGAUGUUUUCAUAUUUGAAUAAAAUUUUGAUUUAUAAAAUAAAAUACUCACUCAUAAUGAAAAAUAUAUUGACUACGAAAGAAAACAAAAGCUUCAAAAGGCUAUUAAUGCUAUCAUGGCUUAUCAAGAUAAGAAUAAUUUGGUUGAUUAUCAUCCUAAUAUUAAUACUAUAAGCGGCGAAAUCAAAGAACUUGUUGACAAAGAAAUGACAGCUUAAUAAAAAAAUAAAUGGUGGGGUCACAAGCAAAAAGAAGAAAAAUAGUAAAAUACUGCUGAUAUUGUGAAGGUUAGAAACAUAAUCCAUCAAUCUCUUUAACCAUACCACAAGGACUACACAAAUUCUCCUAAGCAGGGUGAAAUUCAGGCUUAUUUCAAGAGAAUGAGACAAAACAACGGAUAUGAUCAAUGGGGUAAAGAUUCUAAAACUUCGUUUUCUGAGUUUUUAUGGCUACCCGCUGUUUUUGAAUUCUCUGAAAAGAAUUAAAUGUAUGAAGUUCAAGGCAAGCUGUUCCAUCCUCUUGAAUAGUGCCCUGAUUUAGCUGAACUUAAGCAAGAAUUAGGAUAUUUAUUGACUUAUUUCUCAAAACCUCUACAAGAAACUCACGAUCAUUUCAAAUAAUUGCACUAUAAACUUAUGCAUGACUACUCUGAUUUUGAUGAUGGUAAUUCAAUUUAAGAUGUAAAAUCUAAAGUUGAUUUUUCUCAAAAGAUUCAUGCUAUUGUCAAAAUAAGCGAAAUGGAAAUUGCACCUAAUAGCACUUACUCUGGUUAAUGGCAUGUUGAAGGCUUUUCUUCAGAUAACAUUCUUUACACUUGUCUUUAUGUAAUUGAACAUGAUGAAAAUCUUGUUGAUGGAAAGCUUAAAUUUAAAAGAACUCCCCGCUCAGACGAUGUUCCUGGAGAUCCUUAUGAACAGGAAUAAUGUGCUCACUAGUAUUGUCCUAACUAUGAAUAUUUGUGUGAUCCUGAUAAAGUUAUUCCUUUAGGCUCUCUUGAUAUUAAAGAAAACUUGAUGAUAAUUUUCCCUAACUAAAACAUACACAAAGUAAAGGGUAUCAAGAAUGUUACCGACAAACCUCUCAAGAGAAAAAUUAUUGCAUUCUUUGUAGUUAAUCAUGAAGAUUAACCUUUUACUGUUAAUGAUGUUGAAUUCAUAAAGUCAAUUGAAGUUAUUAAAGACUACAGAUUGAGGGAUAUGUAUGAAAGAUCUAAAAACAAGCAAACAGAGGCUCAAUCUUUCAAUUAUUGUGAACAUUGA